AUGGUCCAUGUUGAUCCCUUAAUAGGGAUAGACAACUUGGCGCUCACGGAGCUCCGGUCCUCACAUCAGAAGCUGCAGAGCGACGCCAAGACCAAGGAGUCCAACCACAACACGUUACUGGAGCGCAUCCAGUACAUGGAGAAAGUGAUGGGGGACUCGGCCGUGAAGCAUUCCCAGGAGCUGGCCGAGGCCCAUUCCAAGAUUGACGAGAUGCACUCGCGAGUCGCCAAAUGCGAGGUGCACGGCGAGAGCUUGGAGUCGCUGAAGAAGUCCACCGCCUCCUUGGCCAGCGGCAAGACGCGCUUGGAAGAGCAUCAUGCCUCCCUGGGGGAGCGCGUGGAUUACCUCGAGAAGGCGCUGGGCGACUCGGCAGACCGGCAUGCCCUGGAGAUGGCCUCAGCGCACAGCAAGCUUGCCGCACUGCACUCUCGGCUGGGUGACGAGAAGGAGGCGCGGGAGAGGCAUGCGAGCAACACCACGGAGAACAUUGUGAAAGAGCGCAGCACCCGCGAGACGCACCACUCCUCUUUGGAGGAGCGGCUCACCUACUUGGAGACCUAUCUGGGGGAAUCUGCCGACAAGCAGGGGAAGAGCUCUGUGGCCAGCCGAUUCGAACAGAAGCUGAAGUCCGAGAUCUUCGACUUGCGGGAGCUUAUCAACAACGAACGCCAGAUGCGCUCCCGACAGGGUGAGGCGAUCACCGAGCACCUGGAGGCCGAGAAGCGGGCCCGCGAGGCCCUGGAGGAGGCGGUGGCCCACCACAUGGCCAACCACAAGCAGAGCAUGGAGAACCACGAGAAGCGGGUGAAGGAGCAGUUCGGCCACGAGCGCACGGCGCGGGAGCGGCACUUCGACCAUGUGGAGGCUUUGGUGCGCCAAGAGAAGGAGGCGCGGAGUCAGCACCACGAGACACACUCCGAGAACUUGCAGAAGGAAUCAACAGCUCGGGAAGCGACUCACAAGAAGUUCCACGACGUGCUGCAGAAAGAGAAGUCGCUGAGGGAACAGCACCACGGCCACGUGCAGGAUUUGAUUGGCAAAGAGAGGGCAGCGCGGCAACAGAUGGAGGAGCUCCUGAACCGUGAGACGCAGGAACGGACCAAGCACCACGAGACCCAGUCAGAGUUGGUGGACUCCCUGCAGCGAACGGUGGGCAUCUUUGACGCCUUGAUCCGCAAGGAGAUGGAGGAGCGCAAGCUGGAGAUGAAGCGUGUUUGGGCGGCGAUUGACAGCCAUACCCACGACCUUGAUUCGAAGAUCAAGGCCGGCUCUGACACAGAGGAGGUGGCUGAGGAAGAGUCGCGAUUCCGGCCUCGCAUCAUCCGUUCCACGCCCUCGCUGCCGGGGGUGGUCAGCCCUGUAAGGACAGAUGGCUCCCCCAAGGUAGUGCCCUACCGGCCCCAGUCGCAGGUGAUCCCUAUGUCUCCAGUGCCUGUGUCUCCAGCGCGAAUCUUGUCCUAUCCGACGACUACGGUGGUGCAGGCGGCACCUGCGCCGAUGACCUUCACCAACUGGUCCGAGUCCAUGCGUCAGAGCCGAGGCAGUCCAAGCAUGAGCCGCAGCAUGUCGCCCACACGCGACCACAACGAAGUGGUUUGCGGCAAGGCGCGCUACAACGGAGACAGAGCUCACAAUGCGGAGAUCUUCAUGCCGUGA